CCCAUAUCUACCUAGGUACAUAGUCUCCUAUCUCUUCUGACUUCGCCGACUUUACAUUCAAUAUAUUUAGGCUCUCUCGACUUCGAUUAUAUAUUUUGUUGGUCAUGAUAUUCUUUUUACUAAAUCUAUCCGAAUAAUUCUUCGAAUUGGAUUGCUUUGUUGGAUUUACCACCUAAGACUCAAGGCUCCGAUGACAGUCACUGCAGAUGACAUCGCUGCAGAUGACAUCGCUGUACUAGUGCAAAAACACUACAAUUCACUUCCAGCAAAGAGGAAACCACUCGUCAGAGGCAAUGGGCUGCGUGAAUGGGUGCCUCUGGCUGGAAUAGUAGCUCAAGGUAUAUAUAUUGCAGUCUUCCUCCAGUCCAUUCUACACGUAGUUUUAGCUCUUUUAACUGCAGCUUGUAGAUAGAAAUAUCAGGUCCUCAUAGACUAAUACCUAAUCUAAUAACAGGAAAAGAUGGCGAACUCAAGUGUCUAGCCCUCGCGUAGGUUAGCCUCUCAAAAUCUCAUUUUCUCUAAUUAAGUCCACCUGGGCGUAGCAGAAACCCCUAAGAUCUGACAUGGCGCCGGUCUAGAACAGGCAUGAAAUGCCUCCCCACGUCCAAAGUAUCGCAAGCGCAGGGGAACGUACUGCACGACUGGCAUGCGGAAGUGCUGGCUAUACGGGCAUUUAAUCGCUUCGUACUGGAUGAGUGUAGAGUACUGGCUCAGGGGUGCUCGUCUGAGUUUCUACGAUGGCGGACCACCGAUGAGAUAGUUUCGAGUUGUUGUGACGAUACUCAAGCAGGAGAACUGGAAAGAGAAGGAAGUGAAUGGCGUGGUCAGCCUUUCACUUGGAGGGAGGACGUUCUCCUACACAUGUACUGUUCUGAGGCACCUUGUGGCGAUGCAAGCAUGGAGUUAAUAAUGGCGGCUCAAGAAGACGCCACUCCAUGGGAAUUACCGUUGACAAACCCCCCUGUCCCCCUUUCCACUACGGAUCCCUCAACCUCCCUACCCGGCCGUGCCUACUUCUCCCAACUAGGCGUCGUCCGGCGGAAACCCGCCCGUUCGGAUGCGCCGCCCACGCUGUCCAAAUCUUGCUCCGAUAAACUAGCUUUACGGCAGUGCAUCUCGCUGCUCUCAUCCACAACCGCACUCCUAGUCGACCCGCGCCACGUCUACAUACAUACUCUAGUCCUCCCAGAGUCGCGAUACUCCGAAUCCGCCUGUCGCCGGUCUUUCUCCUCUUCCCCUAUAGAUGGACGUAUGAGGAGUAUGGCAUCAGCUGAAAAACAAGGACCACUCAAGGGAGAACGAGGAUCUCCCUACACUUUCCGCCCCUUCACCAUCAAAACAACAUCAUGUGAAUUCGCCUUCUCCCAGCGGACCGUAACCCAAGCUACCACCAGCAGCGCCAAACAAGAUGUCACCAUUAACGAGCAGAAGAAAUCAGCUGCGCAGAAAGUAUCAGCCAGCAACAUCUCCGCAGCCUGGACGCGCUCCGGCCUCGAAGAAACGACGCUAGGCGGUAUCCUGCAGGGGCGAAAGCAAUCUGCGGCCGAUGCACGAGGGGCUAGCUUCGGUUCGAGGCGGAGGAUAUGGGGACUUGCUGUCGAGGUAGCUGAUUUACUUUUACUAUGGGCGGGAGACGAUAAAGAAACAGGGAAAAAGGCAGAACCUGUAAAUACUUCCGCCAUUGCUGAUAUAUGGAGGGCGCUUACCGCGGAGACGUACGGUGAGAUGAAGGACUGUGCAUUACUAGAGCCUCGAAGGCGAGCCAAAGACAAGGCUAGAGAGGAAGCACUAAAAGGAUGGGUAAGGAAUCUAGGCGAUGAGUCCUUUAACCUGUAAAUAUGGUAGGUAGGUAGUUCAUAUCCUACUCAAAGGCACAAAAUGCACGAGCAUAGUCAAUAAACAACACGUUUACAACAUAUUUCUUCUUAUUUCGCACAAGCAGUGGCAUCAAUUCCUCACUACCACGCCC